AAUAAUCCAUAUCAUACUACCUUAUUUGUUGGGUGUUAUCUCCAAAGAAGAAAACGAAGUUGUCCUCAAAUACGAUGGAUCUCUCGAAUUUGGAACUACUGAAAAGGUCAAGGAUAGUUCAUUUGUGUAUGGGCAUUGCUUUCUUCACCUCUGGUGUGAUAGUGAACUCCAUUCAAUGUUUGCUAUAUUUAACCCUCAGACCCUUCAACAAAGUUCUUUAUAGAAAAAUAAACUGGUAUCUCUGCUGUACAAUAUACUCACAAUUAGUAUUCCUAGGAGACUGGUGGUCAAACUCAAGAAUAAUUUUCUAUGUAGACAGAGCAGACUUUGAUAAAUAUUAUGGAAAAGAACAUGCUUAUUGUGUAAUGAACCACACAUAUGAAAUUGAUUGGCUAAUAGGGUGGAUGAUAGCAGAUAGAAUACAUCUUCUUGGAAAUUGUAAAGCCUAUGCAAAAAAAGUCAUCCAGUAUGUUCCUGUCCUUGGAUGGGCCUGGAAAUGUUCUGAAUUUGUAUUUCUGGAAAGAAACUUUGAUAAGGACAAGGAAGUCAUCCACAAACAAAUCACUGAACUAUCUGAUCAUCCUGAUCCUAUGUGGUUAUUGAUGUUUCCUGAAGGAACAAGGUUUACCAAGAAAAAACUGGAAGCUAGCCAGGAAUUUGCCAUAAAGAACAAUCUCCCAGAACUAAAUCAUCAUUUGAUGCCAAGAUCUAGAGGGUUCAUUGCUAGUUUGCCUCCUAUGAAAGGCAAAGUGCCCGCAUUGUAUCAAAUUGAGUUGGCUUUCAAAGAAGAUGCUCCAAGCAAACCAACAAUUACUACCAUGCUGUUUGGGCAGCAUUUGGAGGCACAUAUCUACAUGAAAAGGAUACUGAUGGAAAACAUUCCAGAUGGUAAAGUUGAACAGGAGAAGUUUCUGAGGGACCUUUUCGUUGAAAAAGACAAAUUAAAGGACAGUUUUUUGAAAACCGGUGACUUUUUCGCUACUUCGGGCGUGCAAAGGGUGGAACCCUUCGAGAUCCCGAGACGGUUUCACUCGAUAUUCCAUGUGAUAUUCUGGCAAUUGGUAGCCAUGUUACCGAUUGCGCACUAUCUGUUGAUGCUCCUCCUCAGCGGAGAAGUUCUCUAUUUCUCAAUUGGAGCAAGUAUCAUAGGGGCAUUUUUCAUCUUGAUGAAGAAAACCAUCGGCAUGACUGAAAUAAAGAAAGGAUCAUCCUAUGGUUCUAGCGGAUCUGCUGAAGCUAAAAAAGCCCAAUAAAACCAUUCUUAGAGUGAGUUAGAGCCUCAAGAAAACCAUUUUGUUAAUUGAUGUCUGUGCCAAUUACACAAAGACGUCUACCUUCAAAUAUCCCUGCAGGGAAUUAAAAUAGUGCAUGCCCAAAUAAAGAGAAACACCUGUUGUAUUUUUUCCAGUUAUUGGUAUCAAAAUGUACUGCCAUUGUUGCAAUAUCAGGUGGUCAAGUAUCUUUUUGCCAAUCGCGAAUUUUGAGAGGCCUGUGAAAGACACUGAACAUGACAUUCAUUUUGACGAAAAAAUGGGACACUGCAUAAUCUUGUUGUGUUGAUCAGUUCUUUUUUUUUAAUACUGUUUAAUACCUACCUUGGUCUUCCAUAAAAUGAACGGUAGCGGUAGCUUUUUGAAGAUUGAAAACGGUUUCAUUUCAACUUAUUUUUUAAGGUGCACUGUGUUUUUUGAUUUAUUGAUUUUUCACUCAACUUGAACUUCACUAAGGAGUUUCAAGUGAUAGGUGCUUGGUUUUUUUAAUUAGGUUCAUGAAGGAUAUUAUAUCCUGCAUAGAAUGGGAAUUUAGUCAUGGUAAGAGAUGGACUUUAUAUAGGACAUAAAAAUUGAGUUUUGAAGGGUCCCCUGUGCAACCUAUCCUAAAUAAUUGUAUAAUUAUUUUCCAUGUCAUAGCACAAGUAACGAAAUUACUUGGAACUGCAAGUACCUUUUUGUUUUUGUUAUACAUUAUAGUAUAUUGAUAGUGUUGGUUGUUGAUGUAUAUAAUAAAUAUAGCAGAUU